CUGGGUUGCAGCGGGCUCUCUUCCUUCUUCCACCCAUCCGGAUCCUGCGAGGGAUUUUUUUGACUAAAAUAAAAAUAACAAAAGGAACCCCAUUUUCAAAAGAAUUAGGGUUUCUGACAUCUUGUCGAUUGAAUCUUCGGCUCGAGAAAUUUAUCUGCUCCGGACGAUGAACCCGCCCCAUUUCGGUGUUUGUGAUGGGAAAAUUAGGGUUUCUUGGUGCAGCACUUGGGAUUCGGUUUGAGGAUUUAGGGUUUUCUGGAGGGCUGGGGAGUUGGUUCUCAUGCUGUUGACUCGGGAAUCCGGAGUGCGGGUAGGGGAAGCGCUGUCACCGCCGGCCGCCUCGCGGCGCCGUCCCAUAAAGCUGGGCUCGUGGGGAUUGGAUCCGCGGACGGCCGGAGGCUCCCCUGACGGCCGGAACUGCGGCGGCGAGGGCGACUGCCGUAUCUGCGCGGCCGCUGGGGACCUCUGGGUGAGGCUGAAUGGUGGUGAGGGGAGGGAGUUCGUGGGCCCAAUUGGGGGGUUCAGCCAUGAGAGCGAGCAUGACCUGGCGGUGAUGGUCAGCGACUUCUUGGAGAACGGGAGCAGUGGGGCGGAGUCACGGUACAGCAGCGACAGCGAUUCCGGGUUCCCCGAUCUUAAUCAUCUCGCGGAGAAAGUCUUGUUCUACAAGCACGCCACAGAUCAAUAUGAGAAUGAUCUUUUAUCAGUUGUCCAGUCCUAUCUUCUUUCUAUCAACGAGACAGACCUUCAUACUGUCAGGGAAGGGCAAUGCAAUGGCAGCUGUAUUCGUGGGUCACUCGUAAAGCUCCUCAAACUUUCUGGUUAUGAUGCGGCGGUGUGUUCAUCCAAGUGGCAGGGUUUUGACAAGGUCCCUGGAGGUGAUCAUGAAUAUAUUGAUGUGGUUAUCAAUGGCUAUGCUGGAGGUUCUGAGCGAUUGAUCAUUGACAUUGACUUUCGGAGCCACUUUGAAAUAGCCCGAGCUGUUGAAUCUUACGAUGCAAUCUUGACUUCUCUUCCAGUAGUCUAUGUUGGCUCACUGCCCAGACUGAAGCAGUUUUUGCAGGUUAUGGUGGAUGCUGCCAAAUGUUCUCUUAAGCAGAAUUCCAUGCCGCUGCCUCCAUGGAGAUCAUUGUCGUACCUGCAAGCAAAGUGGGACUCUAAAUAUGAGAGGGAACAUAAUUUUUAUGAACAGAACCACCUUGGUAGCAGUUAUGGUCACAGGCAGUGCAUUGGACAUUUGAAGAGGCUGAAAGCCUCCCUCCAGGCAGAAAUUGAGACAGAACGAUUGUUUAAACCAAUUAUUAAAGAGAAGAAACGGAGGGUGAAAUUUGAGAGGCGGAGACCCUCUGUGCUUAGUAGCUAAUAAGAUGUACAGGUAAUUGGAGGAGAAGUUAAUUCACGUUUUUGGAUAUAAAAAAAGGAGUUUGUCAUAUGCAAAUAUUAAAUGAAGCAGUUUACUUCUGGCAACUGAUAAGGCAUAACCUCCAAGUUGAUGGGGUUUUCACAGCUGGCAACGGUAAGAGUAACAUCCCAUGUUUUUGGAGGCACACCUGUUGGAGUCCCAUUUUUUUGCGGUCCAUCUUUCGUCUCAGUCAGCAGGAAGCCGUCAAAGUUACAGCAUGCUUGCCGUGAACUGGCCAAGUGGCCUUAGUAUUGCUUUACAUUUCUUCCCUUCCCUUCUUUUAGUCAUACAGAUAAAUUUUCUGUGCCCUGUGCCAUUCUUCACAAUAUGUUGUUAGUAAUGCUUUUAACCAUAUUGAUAUGAUAUUGUUACUGGACGGACGCAAAUGAAUAAGAUGUUGAAUUAAAUACAUAAGAUUUUAUUGA